CUUCUUGCUGGCCUCAGGACAUGUUGAUGGGACAUAUAUGUCCCACCACUAGUAAACAUCCUCUCAGUGUGGUUGAGGUUUUUUCCCGGACAUUGGAAGGAAAAGCUCGAUACUGCACAGGUUCUCAGUGGCCCUAUAAACCCCAACAACACCAACAAAUGACAUUUGAGACUACAAGCUAACAUUUUUCCACAAAAUUUUCAUGAUGGCAUCAACAUCCCUGCUCUGUGGUAGAGCAUCAUCCAGAACUAUUCUUACAUUUUUAAGCAGCGUUAAUAGAACACUGCAUUCACCAGUCUCGACACAAACCUUGCCACGUCACAUUAGAAGAGUUUCAACUUCUUCUGUAUUAGAGGCAGCGAGAAAGGAAGAUGAUACUCAGAAGACAAGUUUAUCCAUCCAAGGAUAUUUUGCUACAAAAGAUCGAACCAAAGAAACGUUUAUUGCUGCCUGCGAUGUUUUCAAAGACAAGAAUCCUCAUCUUCGAGGCCAUGUGGAGUUUGUUUAUGCUGCACUGCAACAUAUGGAGGAAUAUGGAGUGCACAAAGACUUGGAGGUUUAUAAGAAGCUUUUAGACUUAAUGCCGAAAGGAAAGAUGAUCCCCAGAAAUGUAUUUCAAGUGGAAUUUAUGCAUUAUCCUAAACAUCAGCAGUGUGCUAUUGAUUGUCUUGACCAAAUGGAGUUAAAUGGAGUAAUGCCGGACUCAGAGUCAGAAGAAAUUCUCAUGAACACUUUUGGAAUGUAUAGUCAUCCUGUACGCAAGCAUCGUCGCAUGUUGUACUGGAUGCCCAAGUUUAAGCAUGCAUCACCUUGGCGUCUUCCUGAGAGUGUUCCAAAUAAUGCCUUCGAGCUGGCCAAGCUAGCUGUCACUCGUAUGUGCACAGUUGACCCUUCAUCUGUAAUCUCUCUCUUUGAGACAAAGGAUGUUGAAGAUGCCAUUGAGGAUACAUGGAUUGUCAGUGGCCAGAGCCCAACUCAACAAGAACUCCUACAGAACCACCCUCCUGAAGAGCCCAUCAAGGUGGAGGGUCCCUUUCGUAUCUUCUUGCGUGAUCAGUGUGUUGGUUACUUUAUUCUCCGAGCUGAGGCCAAACCUCAACCACCACCAGUGAAAAGAGAAUAUAUUGAUGAUGUAGGAUCUAUCAAGCUUUGGUUCACCGGUGACCUAGAGCCUGACGAUAUGGCUCUGAUUAAACCUACUAGUGUCCAUGAGCAAGAAGAUGGCAUUAUUCUAGCUAUUUGUGCUACAGGGACCUCUGGCCGAGAUUCACUCUUGUCCUGGAUACGCUUGCUAGUAAAUACAAACCCAAACCUGGCCAACGUACCAGUGCUGUUUACACAAGCCAGUCCGGUAGGAGAUGUUAUGACUACAGGCCAGCAUGAUGAAACUACUUCAGUGAAGACUGUUCCUUGAAGACGUCUCUCUUAUUAAAGAGGCACUGUAGGUUGUAUACCUUGGAUGAUGAUGAAUUCCGAGAGUCUUUCUACUCCCAAGGCCCAGAUAUGGGCCCGGCUCAUGCAUGAAUUUUAAGUACGAGUUAAAUAAUUUUUGUCUCUUUAGGACUUAUUCAACAGGUUCUUGUAAUCAAACAAAAAUAUAUAAACAUCACAAACAUUUAUUGGCUUCCCUACCAGCAUUCAUAUUGGUAGAAUGUUCCUAUAUGGAGAUCACAGUUGGCCAAAACCACAGACAUUGUACAAUUCAUUUGGUUAGAGUAGCGAUACAUGGUUUUGCAAAUAAAUAUGUUAUGGUACUGCUUUCAUAAAAAAUAUAAAUGUGCUUUUGUAACUGGCAGCAUAUCUUAAUAGUAAAUUAUCACAAAAAAGUUAUUUCACAAACUUUUUUUUUUUUUUGUUUCGUUUUCAUGCUUAUUUAUUUGCUUAAACAUCUUAUUGUACUAGAUGGAAUGCACAGAACAGUAUCAAAGUACUAUACAACCAAACAAUAUUAUUCACUAAUAUUAAACUCUUAUUUAAAAACUUAGUUUAUCUUAUAAACAAAAUGCCCAGUUUUUCAAUAAUUUUGGUUUAAGAUUAAAACUCAGGAGCUUUUAUUUAUAAAAUAUUUAUAAUCAGAUCAACAUUGACAAAUACAUUAAUAGAAAAAAGAAAAUUAAAAACUUGCCAAGAAAGCUUUUUUCUGCAGACUAAGGCAAUAAUGAAUAUACUUUCCAAAUCAAUUUGCUAAAAAGGUGUUAGAUAAAGGCAGUGCUAGAGUAAGGAAUCUCAUCACUAUGAAGCUUUGCCCCAUUAACCUUUCAUUGGGAUGUUGAUUACAUUUUAUAUCGCCCACUUUAUUUACCGAUUUUUUUUUUUUAAUUUCACAAAAAUUGGGACAUAUGUUACCUGGUUAGCAAACAUUUUACUAAGUGGAAGUGCUUGAAAAUUUAUUAACCAUCAGAUACAUCUAUCCAUGACUUAACCUAGGUAUUUUCUCAAAGUUCAGUCACUACUAUUAACUUCUCCCAUCCUAAUGUGCCUGAGAAAUUACUAACAUUAUGACUAGAUAAUGGUAACUACAACAUGCAGAAAAAUCCAUUACCAGUUAAACUAGUAUGUAUGUAUAUACAAUUACAUUAUAUAAAAUAAUUUCUAUUUAUAAACUUCAAAACAAAAGCUUAUUUUAAUUAUUCAAAACAAGUACAUUAUAUCAUGCACAGUGCAGCCUUUAUAUUUUUAGUCAGGCAUUUUAUAAUCUAGUUUAACAUAAGCUUGAUGAGGUUAUUAGUUGUUAAAUUAAACCAUUGAACUUGAACAGUAUUAACAAUAAAGGUAGCCCUCUUUUAGCAUAAAUUAAUGCUGCACUUAAAUAAACUUCUAGAUAAUGGUAUUUCAU